UGAUAACGAGAAAGCUAGAGCAAAACAAUUCGAUACAACGGCAGCGUCUCAAGAAUUACGACUCAGCGAUACUCCUGAAACUUUAGAACAUCCACAGCCUUCGAUUUUCAAAGGAAACUUAAAAGGUUAUCAAUUAAAAGGAAUGAAUUGGUUAGCAAAUUUAUACGAUCAGGGAAUUAGUGGAAUCUUGGCAGACGAAAUGGGUUUGGGAAAAACCGUACAAUCCAUAGCGUUUUUAUGCCAUGUCGCUGAAAGAUACUCUGUGUGGGGUCCAUUUUUGAUCAUAUCUCCGGCUUCGACAUUGCAUAAUUGGCAACAAGAAAUGGCACGAUUUGUUCCAAUGUUUAAAGUAGUUCCAUAUUGGGGCAAUCCCCAGGAACGUAAGAUACUGAGGCAGUUUUGGGAUACUAAAGAUUUGCAUACGAAAGAGGCUUCAUUUCACGUAGUUAUUACCAGUUAUCAGUUAGUUAUUACCGAUUACAAAUACUUUAACAGAAUAAAAUGGCAGUACAUGAUCUUAGACGAAGCACAGGCUAUAAAGAGCACCAGCAGUAUGAGAUGGAAGUUGUUGCUUGGGUUCAGUUGUCGAAAUAGGUUGUUACUUAGUGGCACACCAAUUCAAAAUAGUAUGGCAGAAUUGUGGGCGCUGUUGCAUUUCAUAAUGCCCACCCUGUUCGAUUCCCAUGACGAGUUCAACGAGUGGUUCUCUAAAGAUAUCGAAAGCCACGCUGAAAAUAAAACGGGGAUUGACGAAAAACACUUAUCAAGAUUGCAUAUGAUUUUGAAACCGUUUAUGCUACGGAGGAUAAAGAAGGAUGUAGAGAAUGAAUUGUCCGAUAAGAUAGAAGUAAUGGUGUAUUGCCCUCUUACAACAAGACAAAAAUUACUUUAUUCAGCACUAAAGAAAAAGAUUAGGAUAGAAGAUUUAUUGCAUUAUACUGUGGGCGGUGGUGACACCGCGACCAAUGACAAAAACUUUACAUCAAAUCUUAUGAAUCUAGUCAUGCAAUUCCGAAAGGUUUGCAAUCAUCCAGAACUUUUUGAGCGCCGAGACGCCAGAUCUCCAUUCUUUAUGCAUACAGAAUUUUACGAAAUGCCAGCGUUAUUGUAUACAGAGGGAUUGUUGCACCUCUCGUUGCCAUCCAAAGAUCACUUGCUGUAUAAUAAGCUGUUUAUAUUUGCUACCGAAUACAUUCAUCGAACUCUCAACGAUGGCAGCGACGGCUUCUCUCAAAAUUCUUUCUCAUUUAGUCGAUUCAUUAAUUUGUCCCCAAUGGAAAUGACUAAAAUGUUCAUCGUCGGUAUUUUAUUCAGAUUAUGUCUUGUGACUUUAACGGAGAGGAGACUAAGAAUUGCACGUUACUGGGAAGAUUGGAACGCCAACGAAAGAAUAGAUGUCCCUAAAAACCAAAUGUUCCUCUUGCCCAGAAAGGUCGACGAUUUAUCACUGUCGUUGCAGGACUUAAUUUUUACAAGGAAGAUGCUCGAGGGAGAGUCUGUAUAUACGCAUAGUACACAUGUGAUUCAUUCAAUGCCUGAAACGGUUGCUCAUCGAAUCUUGCGUAGCAGUAAGAAGUCUGCCAAUCAAUCUUUGAAGAGAAUACUUCCAUCUAGCAAGGUCGAACAAGAAGACUCAAAGGUGACAUUACUCCCGGAACAUCCUCAUCUUCCAAGACCACCGCUAAUGAGAUUCUGUCAACAGACUACCAUUCCAUCCUUUAUCUGCGAUACUUAUCCUAAGGUUCAAGCUAGUCCACGAAAAUUGUAUGUUAGUAAUAGCGGCGCAGCAUGUGCGUGGAGGAGGCACGAGGAAUGCGGUGGAAAAUUCGGUCAACGACUUCUGUGGCUCGGCUGUGAGCGAGCCCUUUCUAUUUCGUCGUCGCAAGAGGUUGCCAAUUCGCGUAUAAUGCAAACAACUCCGACGUUCUCUGUUGAACCCCAUGGUGGAUUGUCAGCGUGUACACCUAUUAACGGAUGGUCGAACAUUAUAGUACCAGAUAAACAAACGUUGGUGACAGAUGCCGGUAAACUUUCAGUAUUGGACAGUCUUCUACGACGCCUUAAAGAACAAGGUCACCGUGUUCUUAUUUAUUCUCAGAUGACCAAAAUGAUAGAUUUACUAGAGGAAUACAUGUAUCAUAGAAAACAUACUUUCAUGAGAUUGGACGGUUCUUCGAAGAUCUCCGAUCGACGGGACAUGGUCGCAGAUUUUCAGAAACGGGCGGACAUAUUCGUUUUUCUGCUGAGCACAAGGGCCGGGGGCCUGGGAAUAAACCUCACCGCCGCAGACACGGUGAUCUUUUACGACAGCGACUGGAAUCCCACCGUGGACCAGCAGGCCAUGGACCGAGCCCAUCGGCUGGGACAAACGAAACAGGUCACGGUGUACCGAUUGAUCUGCAAGGGAACCAUCGAGGAGAGAAUACUGCAACGUGCUCGCGAAAAGAGCGAGAUACAACGUAUGGUCAUAAGUGGUGGAAACUUCAAACCGGACACCCUGAAGCCCAAAGAAGUUGUCUCCCUUCUCUUGGACGACGAGGAGAUCGAAGCAAAAUACAGCCAACGGAGCGAGGAGAGAAAGCAGCACGCGGAGGAUGCUCGGCUCGAGUCGAACCUACACCACAAGGAGAGGGACCGGAAAAGGAAGUUAACCGCGCUUCCGGUCAAGGGCGAAGCGAAGAAGCCGUGCCUAUCCGACGCGAAUGGCGAUAAGAUUGGAGAUACCGCGCUGUCCAAUUCGAAUGACGGCAACCAGGUGACUAACAUUCAAGCGCAUCUCGUCAACAACAGCCAACAGUUGCUCGACACGGCGGAUGACUACAGCGUACCUACCAGUCCUGCUAAAUCCGAGGACGAGACGAGCAACGAUGGCCUAGUCGUCGACGUGGAUGGCCCAGUUGGCGGCACAUCCAGCGACUCGCGACAGUUCCGGGUCAGCCAGUUCAGUGAGCCGGCCAAGGUCAACCGUUUGGAUCACCACAUACCGUUCAGCAGUGGCACCGGUGUCCGAAUGAGGCCCACGAUCCGCGGGACCAGUAAACGAGGCAGGCCCAGGGGUUCUCGCAGAGGAGGCCCCGUCGGAGGGAAAGGAAGAGGGCUGCUGCUUCUUCAUCCGCCGUCGAAGGGGGUUGGAAGCGAUCCUCAGUCACCGGCGUCCAUGUCUCCAACCGGUAGCAGCGCGACUAGCGAGCAGAUUCUUCAGCAUGGAGGUCAAGGCAUCUCAGGUCCAGCAGAGGGCGACGGGCCCAGCACGGUCGGUCCUCUGGGUCCCGUUGGCCCCCUAGGCUCGGUCGCUACCAGAGGAGGGCCGCCAACGAUUCGACGGGGUCCGGGGAGACCCCGCCUCAGGCCGACGGGUCCAGGACACCAAGGAUACCGCACUCCGGGUCACCAUCACGGCAGAAAGGUCCAGCGACCUCUGCCAGUGCCGCUGAGGUCCCAGCAGACGAUCGCCGCGAUGAACCAACAGAAGUCGCCUGGCCAGCGCUCCUCGGGAUCCGGGCCGUCGAUGUCCUCCGCGUCCUUGAACGCGGCCUCCUCGUUCCCCUCGUCGACGGGCGAGUCCAGACCGUUCGGCUUCUACACGCAGCAGCAGCAGCAGCAGCCAAGGGGCUCGUCCUAGCUUCCGGAGGACGAAUUUCUCCGAGUGAUCCUCGAAGGAGACUCCUAAAUCUCUUGCUCGACGCGGGAACCGGGCUUUCGUCGAGCCUCGAAUGUCCUCGACCAUCGUCGCGGCCGAGACCUCUCUUGGCGAAUCCUCGAAGGACUUCCAAGGAGCCGCCGUCGGAAUCUUCAUGGUGGAACAAAUAACGGAGACAGACUCUCUUCUCGCGGUCGUCCUUGAGCAGUUGUACCUUGGCGACUGCGGUAAUUCGAUGGUCGACGAUCUCGAACAGUGCAAUGUGGACCCCGCGGAAGACCUGUCCACCGACGGACGGACGAAACCGGAAAGUUGAUCGCGUUUUACUAGGGACAGUGCGGCUCGGCUCGCGAACGCAUCUCGAGACUCGAAAGGCCGGAGUCCUGGCGAAGACCUCCCGUCCUAGAGCGCCGUUCUAGCGACCGUCGGCGAGGGACAUUGAACGGAGACCAACGCCCUUGGUUUCCUUAAUUUUAAUCAGCUCAAACGAUUUCGGGAAGGACGCGCGGACGUGUAAACUAUAUUGUUGUAUAAAAAUUGUCGGAGAUCGCGCGAUUUAACCAGGCCCCCGGGGGAUUCCGAUCGUUUAGGCAAUUUGUACAAAUGGGAAUGAACUUGACGCCGCUCGGUUAGGUACUUAAAUCGACGCGCCGCGAAAUCCAAAAAGAAAACUGGCCAUUUCGGGGACGCGCGCUCGUUCGACGCUGGAACCGCCGUGUGUCUCGAAUCGGUCUACUUGAGAUUUUUUUCACGAUUAUUAAACGACUCUGACAAGUUACUGAAAAAACGGACUCAGUGAUAACCUUACGGUUUCUAUAGAGAAAUUUCGAAAAAUCGGCUGCUCGGUAGUUCUAGUUGCUAGAACUACUCGAUCGACACGACCCGUUCACGAAUAGUUCUUUCAAUUCUCAAAAGAUAACGAAUGCUUCUCAGCAAAAUUACGAAAGGAAUUGAUCGACUGUUACGCAGAAGCGUAAGUCGAUCUAUUUCAAUAAACUCAUUGUUUCCACGCGGGAACUUAAUAAAUCCAGCUCGACCGCUCGGUAGUUCCAGCGCGAAGGCGCGCGCGGACUCGUGCGUCACGCAACGGACUAUUUUCCGUGGGGAUUUUACGAACCGGGGAUCGCGAUGUGUGAUCGAGAAGGGGACGGAAGCGGACAAUGCGUGGCACGCCUUCGCGAGAACGGUUUUUAGUUUUAAUUUCAACCGGUGGAAUGCGUUAGUACAGGUGAUCGAGCGAUCAUCGGUCGACGGGACACUUUAGCCAAGAUAUUCUCUCGGUGGAUCGAUGAUCACUCGGGAUUUAGAAUUCUGCGAUUCGUUCUACUUUCUCUGUCUGUCAUUCACUCUUUCUUUGCCUCUCUCUCUCUCUCUUUCUUUCUUUCUUUCUCUCUGUCACUGUAUUUCUCUUUCCCCGCGCACUUUCAAAUCACGCGCCAGACGAAGUGUAGCGUUGUUCCGCCGCCAGGCUCGGUUAGACGAUAUUUUUUAUGCGAGUUUACGGAGAACACCGUCACCACGGCCGACUCGAUUUGUAAGAGAAUGGUAUUUAUAUUAGCAAUAAACGAUUC